AUGAGUACUAUAAGAAUUUAUCAAGUUCAGUCUCAGAAAAAAUAUCAAGAAGAAGGAACUGAGGAAACAAUGCCCAAGUUUUCCUUCCACGCUCAUCAACCAGAGAAGCCCAUACACGUCAGCAAAAUGAGUAAGGAUGAAGAGACCGUGUUGAAUUUUAGGUGGCAAUAGGACACUCAAGAAAUACCUUAGAAACUGACAAUCAAAAACCCCAAAGAGAAAGCAUUCAGAUAUGAAGGAAUGCCAGCUGUUCCCAUCCAGGGAAAUGCUGGCCAGGCCCUUGCAGAAGAGCUGUGCUAUACCCUCAUUAAUCACAGUGUCCUUGGGAGAAGACCAUCAGUGAACUCUGCUGAGAAGUACUAUGAGAAUGUUUACCCUCAGGAUGAAAGGCCUAGAAAGUCCUUCAAAGGAACUGAGACCGAGUAUUCACUUCUCCAUGUGCCUCCCACCCCUAAGCAUCCACCUUCCCCAGAAGAUGAAUAUGAACUUCUCAUGCCUGAUAGAAUCUAUUCUCACUUCCUGCAACAGCCACAUCCCCUUAUGCCCCCUUCUGAGACUAGAUUUUCCCAUUUAUAA